AUGGCCGCUGUCUUGUACAUUUCCCCGAGUGCAGCGGCGGACAUGCUUGACAUGCUCAUUGUGUCACCGGAGGUCCAGGACGUCUCGAAACACAACAUUCCGCCGAGGACUACUUUCGGUGCCGGCCUGUCAUCCGAAGUCAUGAACUGCACUUACCGGCCCGAUGUCCUCGUGCGAGAUGGCGUGAUGCUUCCGUGCUGGAAAUUCGACAGCCAGAAGGACAUCAGCCAACAACAUGGCAUCCAGUGGCACUCCUCCUUCAUGCCUGAGGUGUCCAAGUCUGGAAGCGGUCGAAAUGCCGUGAACGUCUCCGUUCGGGCAACGCUCCUGCCCAACAUGCUCGACAUUGACAUCAUGAUGGCCGUGUCACAGGACUUGACUGUGUUCUCGAAGCUGUCCAUCAAGGGCAUUGUUCACUGCCUUUGGAGCAACCUCAUCGAGUCAGUUUGGUUGGCGAGUCUUCUCUUCCACAUGGUGGAGCUGUUUGCUUUCAUUUGGUGGGGUCUCUCCGGCCAGACGCACCUUGGAAGCCAUGACUUGGAUGCUGGUGAGGUGGAUGACCUUGAGGUAAUCAGGCUGGGCAUUCUGGGCUACAAUUGGCAUAAGAAGAGAUCUGCCCACCAAGACUUCACGAUGCGAUGCUUGGUGAGAUUCAGGGUUUACAGAUCUCCGGGCGCAGAGAUUUAG